AUGGAGGCCCCGGAGGCGGAGCCGGAGUUCCAGCUCAUAUCGGUUAACAGCCGCGCGUGCGAAGGCAUUCUGAGCUCCGUGAAGAGGAGGAGCCGCUGCGUGGAUGUGCCGGUUCAUGGGCGCGCGGCGGACGAGGGGAAGUCGCAGCAGACGGGGCAGUCGCAACCAGCGGGACAGCCGCAACAAACCGGACAGCCGCUCCCAACGGGACAGCCGCUCCCAACGGGACAGCCGCAACAAACUGGGCCCCCCCAACAACUGAGCAAAAACAAAAAGGCGGUGUCCUUCGAGCACAAGCUGCACGCGAAGAACAGCCUGGGGGAGGAGGAAACCCCCCCCCCGGGGGGAGGCGCAGCCGAUUGGCUAAAAAUCCCCUCUCUGGAAAAAAAAAAAAGUGACACUCUAUUUUUCAGAAAAAAAAAAUCAUGCAUAUAUAACGAGAGCAAAUACAACAGAUUUAUGGAGGCCUUCAAACAACAGGAGUUAAAAAAGAUAAAGAGAUUUCACCAUGUGUAUAAGUGGAAGGUAGCUUUGGUGAUUCUGUUCAUCCUGGCCAUCUCCUUCGCCCUGAUAGGGCUUUUCAUUUAUUACGAAUCCAGCCACGUAAUAGAAGUGAAUAUUGAUUACGACUCUGGGGAUGAAGUGAAGACCUUUUCCGUCCAACAGGAGAUGAAGCAGCCCGUGUAUGUAUAUUACAAAAUAAGUAACUUUUACAGCAAUUUUAAAACAUUCCUUUCGGAUGAAUCGCAAGCCCUGGUUAAUGAUUGCAAGUGCAAAUACAUAAGGACUUUUGAAGAUUUAUAUAAAUUUAGAUGCGUUAAUGGUGUGCAGACUCUUCCCGAAAUGAACAACGAUUUGGGUUCCUCUGUAGGGGGGGGUAGACAUGCCGAAAGGUUCAGCAGUAAUGAAGCAUGUGAUGUGGAUUCGAUCCCCCCAGAAAAGAAGGAGAGGAAGAUCUUCCCCUGUGGGUUAGUCUCAGCUUCCAUUUUUAAUGACAAAAUUAGACUCUCCUUGGGUAAAAAAAUAUUUACCGUUGAUAAAUUCCCUGUUUUAAAUUAUUACGAUUUUUUUUCUUAUAUAAAAAAGCAUAAGAAGUACGCCUCAGAUUAUAGGGUGUGGAUAAACAGUUUUUCCGCGGACUAUAAAAACUGGUUCCACCCCCCUAUGACCUCUUCAUUUAUUAAAACGUAUGGAGUGAUUUUUGAAGAUUUGCAGCCGGGGGAUAAUUACCAAAUUGAGUUUACACAGAAUACGUGGCCUGCAAAACAUUGGAAGGCCCAGAAAUCCUUUCAGUUGGUCUCCUUACGAGCUGUGGGCAAUAGCGCAUACGAGCUAGCCUACUCCUUCUUCCUCCUCGCUCUAAUUUACCUCAUCGUAAUAAUCGUUAUGCUAAUUUUGGUGAAGACGGGGUACUGCCGUCUGGGAAAAACGUUUUCCUAUUGUAAAAUGUCGACUGUUAAUAAUGCCAGUGAGCACACCUUCUUUCGGAAGAAGUCCACGCUGAAGAAGCUGGCAGUAACAGCUAGAGGAGCGGCAGGAGCGGCGGCAGACGGGGUAGACGCGGUGGGCGCGACGCGCCCGUCCAGGGACGCCCCCCCCGUGCAGCCCGACGACCAGCGCAGCAAGAGCAGCUCCUACGAGCGCGUCGUCAGGGCCGUUGGCUGCGGCCCGCGGGCCUGCCUCUGCCCCCUGCACUAG